GGUUGAGAGACAUAAAUGCUGUCUGCGCCGAGAAGUUGCCCGCUGCCAAGUUUGCUGUUCCUGCUGCUGCCGCGAGCCAAGGAAGCCCGGGCACUCUCCGGGACUUUUGCUCACCGCCUUCCAGUCUCCUGCAGAGUUCUUCCCUGCUGGGCCUGUAGUUGCGAAGCCUUUUUUUCCGUCUUUUCACAACCACAAAAACCACUAGCUGCUGAGGCUCCAAAGAGAUCAAGAUGUGGACGGCGCCGGUGUUGUUCUGGGUUUUGGGGAGCGCGUGGUGCUGGCACUUUGCGCAGGGAGCACCCGUAGGUGGACUAGAAGAUGAUAUUGUGACCCCAGGUCCAGGAGGUGGUAUGGUGAGACCAGGUCUGGAAGACAGAAUAGCAACCACGGGUACUACUGGAGGACUGAAUGAAUCUACUGGCAAGGUACCGACACACACAGACAUUCCCUUUGAGGACCAGCCAACCCCAGAAAUCCCAGACCACGAUCACGAAGAACAUAAGAGUACAACCACUGUCAAAAUGGUGACGAGCCAUUCUGUGGGUCAGUCAACAAGUCACCCCAACAAAGAUAGCACAGCUGAGGAAACAGAGACAACAGAUAAGAGAGAUGGCUUGGCAGUAGUGACCCUGGUUGGAAUCAUAGUUGGCGUCCUGUUAGCCAUCGGCUUCAUUGGAGGGAUCAUCAUUGUGGUUAUGAGGAAAGUUUCUGGAAGGUUCUCGCCCUAAAGAGCUGAACAGAUCAGGUUGUUCUCCCAACAUAUCUGAAAAUAAGGGCGCUUCCAGCGUCCCCUGUUCCCCAUCUUCUGCUUGUGGAAGAAGAUGACCCAUGGAAUGCCCACCCCACUCACAGCCAUGGUGACUCCUCCGCUUGCCGAAGUACCAAAAGGAAAGAUACAUGACAAGCCACGGCCCCUCGAAGCAUAUGCCUUUGGAAAACAAACAUUCUUAAUAUAAAUUUUAUAAUAAAUGAUUCAAAAUACAACAUGCGUGGAAAAUGAAGCGAAGCUACGUAAACUGACUUGUUAACCAAGACAGCAUCACCAGUUGAUGUUAGCAACUGUAACCAUGGCUUCAUCCUGGCCAUUCCCUGCUACUGCUGGGAUGCAAAGGAAUCUGGAAAUGUUUAUUGAAUCUGCAGAGCCGUUGGCUCAGUGUUACUUACGUCAAAGAGGCACGGGCCUGCUGAUAUGUACACAUUCCAGCCUGGAUUGGGGCGGGGGGGGUGUUUAAAUAUGUUUGAGUCAUCGAGCUGCAAGUGUAAAUUUAUAAUCAGGCAUGGUGAGCAGCCCCUUAAGGGAGCCUGGUGGACCGUUUCAGAAGCAUCCAUUGUGGCUUCAGGUCCUGGAGGGUACUUUGCUGGUUACAGUUCUCUAAACCAUCUCUAAGCCAUGGUGACUUGAGGAGUCAUGUCCUCACCUCCCUACACUCAAACUUUUGGAUGGUUUGAUUCUUUCCAUACUGUGAAGGCCUUAUUCCAGAUGUUGAGAAAGCUCUUGGAUGUCACAGGAUGCCAGAGGCUCAGCAGCUGUAGAACCAAGCAGGGAACUUGGUCCUUAAGCACAAGAGACUCCUGUGUGUGUUUGGUAUAGAAGAUAAACUGACCAGUUUCUAACAUCUGCCUUCUGUUUCUGAAGAAAGACAGGGAAAGCAAAAAGAAUAGUUGCUCUUAUGUGGAUGGGUGUAAAGGUCUGAGUUUAAAAUAAAAGAUACUUCUAGUCUUUGUGACAUACCACAUCUUCCUGUGACUUCAAUCAAGAAGAUCAAAACGAUGAGACCACAGGGGUGUCCUGCCUCUACCACCCAACUCGGUACUUCUUCUUCUGCACAGUAUUUAACACUGGCCUGGCCAGAUGCUCUUUUAAGACUGUGAUUAUAUAAUCCUUACAUCCUCUAGCCUAGGAAGAGUUCACAAGAUGCAGAGAAAAGUAACCCAAUGUGCCUGUGUGUUGACCCAACCCAGCUGGCCCAGCAGGCUGCCUAUUUGCACAUCAGCGGGGCCGGGCUGGUUAAAAGAGCCUUGUGAGUCAAAUUGUAGUGUGAGUGGUCCUCCUCCUCAUCCGUCAGAUUCCAAACUGGAGCUAGGAACAGUGCCCUUUUCUUCUUUCUAUCCUCUCCCUUCCCACUUCCACCUCCACCCCCCCCACACCUUCACCCUGAAAAAUAGCAGCCCAACUCAAACUAUACCCCAGAGUCAGUGCCUGCUGGGACAGGGCUGUGGUGUCUCGGUCACCUGUGUUGGUACUCAAUACAGUGUUGACAUCUUUUCAAAUAAAACAUGAUUGUGUA